UCUUAGGAUGAGGAGGCAUGUAGCUCCGAGCAAGCAAGGGGACUACAGUCCCACUGGGAAAGGACACUUGAUGGGGGAGGGGAGCCACACCUCUGGCUCUACUCUUGGAUCUUGGCCUUGAAGUUCUGUGGAUGUCUGCCUGUGGCCCUUUUCUGGUCUUCCAGCAAUCCUGCUCCUCCGUCCUGUCUCUGAAUUACUGCCUCAGUUUCUUCAGCCCUUUCUGCCCUUCCUGCCUCUUACUAGUAGCCUUAUUUUCUCAACCACUGGAGCUUGAGUUGGUAAUUGCACUCAGGAUGGCCCUGAUUUCUGUGGGACGGCCUGGUUUUGGUCUCUUUCUCCAUGGCCUGUGGGUUUACCCUUCAGGAAAGGGUACAGCCUCUCCCAGGUAGGCCUCCUUAAGCUGAACCACACCUUUUUUUGGAGGCAGGAAGGGAAAAGGUAUCCUCACUUACAGAACUUCCCUUGGUGUGGGAGGCAGCAGCUGUGUGGGAGGCCCUAGCCCCUCAGGUUCGCCUGGCUCCCCAGGGCUGAGCAGAUGGUGUGGAGGCGGCAAGGGCUGGGAGUGCCCUAGUUUUUCCAUUUGUCUCACUGGGGACAACAGCUACUGUGCAGACAGGGGAUAUGACUGUUGCAUGUCCCUCCUUUGGUCCUCAAACCUGAAUUCACCAGGCACAGGGCACUAGUUUUUAGCUUUCUCCUCUCCUUUCAGUCUCCUUGCUUUUAGGCAGGGAGGGAUCUUAUUCCCUUAACAAGACAGAAGAAGAGGUGGCAGGAGAGAGUGGGCAACCAGGGAAAUCCAGUAUUUCUGGAAAACUGUUCAAAACACUGGUUUCACACUCUUGGUUCAGUAUACCAAAUCUGUGAUUCGGGUGAAAUAAGUUGUCGUAAAUGUAGUUUCCACAGGCUAUUUGAGACAUAAGCCCCGUCAGCCCAGGUAGACAUAAAGAUACACAUGAGUUGGGCAGAAGACACACGGUGGGCCCGGAGCUGUCCAGUCGCCUCUGCCCUCGGGGCUCUCCAGGACGGAUGCGCUUUCCCCCAGCCCCCAGAGGGCGCUGUGGACGAACCGCCGCAUUGCCGGCGGCGUCCCGGGGAGGAGCCUCUCCCGCAACCGAGGCCGCCUCCGCGAUCGCAAACCCGGAAGACGUGCCCUGGCAGCUGGAAGUGUGGGGCGGUCGGGCACCGCCAUGCAGUCCCUGGAGGUAGGUCUGGUUCCCGCUCCACAGAGCGAGCCGAGACUGACCCGGUGGCUGCGGAGAGGCAGUGGGAUCUUGGCGCACCUGGUCGCUUUGGGCUUCACCAUCUUUCUGACAGUGCUGUCCCGGCCAGGAACCAGUCUUUUCUCCUGGCACCCUGUAUUCAUGGCCUUGGCGUUCUGCCUCUGCAUGGCUGAGGCCAUCCUACUCUUCUCGCCUGAGCACUCCCUGUUCUUCUGCUCCCGAAAGGCCCGGAUCCGACUCCAUUGGGUGGGGCAGACCCUAGCCAUCCUCUGCGCAGCCCUUGGCCUGGGCUUUAUCAUCUCCAGCAGGACCCGCAGUGAGCUGCCCCACCUGGUGUCCUGGCACAGCUGGGUAGGGGCUCUGACAUUGCUGGCCACUAGCGUCCAGGCACUGUGUGGGCUCUGCCUCCUCUGUCCCCGGGCAGCCAGGGUCUCAGGGGUGGCUCGCCUCAAACUCUACCAUCUGACAUGUGGACUGGUGAUCUACUUAAUGGCUACUGUAACAGUGCUCCUGGGUAUGCACUCUGUGUGGUUCCAGGCCCAGAUCAAAGGUGCAGCCUGGUACCUGUGCCUGGCGCUGCCCCUCUAUCCAGCCCUGAUAAUCAUGCACCAGAUCUCCAGCUUCUACUUGCCAAGGAAGAAAAUGGAAAUGUGAAUUCCUCCAAACUGUGAAUCAAAAUGGGACACUUGACUUGGACUUCAGUGGUUCCUUUGGUGACCUUCAGGGAUCCACUUCAGAAGUGGUAGGGUUUUUGUAUUUCUUAGCUGGGCUAGGGGCUGCAGAAACCCAAACUGCUGUUGCUGACAGAUGACUCAGUGGGCCAAAAUGGGGAAAUGUACGGGGCGCAAGUGAAAGGUGAUGGGGAGCUUGAUCCUGAAGCCUCCACUCUUGAUGGGAGACAGAAGUGUUGGGUGGUGGUGUUGAUGGUGCUAGCAGUCAUUUCUUGCUUGCAUGCCUGGUGAAAAGUUGGAUUCCUGUAACUUAUGAAUGAAAGCUAUGGCUCUUUGGGUCACUCUGAGAAAGCAGUGUAAUGGAGAGAGCCAAUGGGUCUUGUU